AUGGCCGGCCGGCGGGUGAACGUGAACGUGGGCGUUCUGGGCCACAUCGACAGUGGCAAGACGGCCCUGGCGCGGGCGCUGAGCACCACGGCAUCCACGGCCGCCUUCGACAAGCAGCCGCAGAGCCGCGAGCGCGGUAUCACCCUUGACCUGGGCUUCUCGUGCUUCUCGGUGCCGCUCCCGGCGCGACUGCAGCCGGGGCUGCCCCCACGCCCGCCCCCGGGGAUCGCGCCACCUGCUGCCGAAGCCGCCGCCACCUCCGCCACCGCCGAGACCCAGACCGAGGCCGAGGCCGGGCUGUUGCAGUUCACGCUGGUGGACUGCCCGGGGCACGCCUCCCUCAUCCGCACCAUCAUCGGCGGAGCCCAGAUCAUUGAUCUGAUGAUGCUAGUUAUCGAUGUGACCAAAGGGAUGCAGACUCAGUCAGCAGAAUGCUUGGUGAUUGGGCAAAUUGCUUGUCAGAAGCUAAUUGUGGUACUGAACAAGAUAGACCUCCUAGCAGAAGAGAAGAGACAGGCAGCUAUUGACAAGAUGACCAAGAAAAUGCAGAAGACACUUGAGAACACGAAGUUCCGGGGCUCGCCCAUUAUCCCUGUUGCAGCCAAGCCUGGUGGACCGGAGGCCCCAGAAACUGAAACUCCACAGGGCAUUUCAGAAUUAAUUGAGCUCCUGAAGUCACAGGCUUCCAUCCCGACUAGAGACCCUUCAGGACCUUUCCUUAUGGCUGUGGACCACUGUUUCUCCAUUAAAGGUCAAGGAACAGUGAUGACAGGGACAAUACUUUCAGGCUCAGUGAGCCUUGGUGACAGCGUGGAGAUCCCUGCCCUGAAGGUGGUGAAGAAGGUGAAGUCUAUGCAGAUGUUCCACACUCCUGUUACCUCAGCCAUGCAAGGGGAUAGAUUGGGCAUCUGUGUGACCCAGUUUGACCCAAAGCUACUGGAACGGGGGCUGGUGUGUACACCAGAAUCUCUCCAUACCAUCCAUGCUGCAAUCGUUUCUGUUAAGAAGAUUCCUUAUUUUCGAGGUGCUCUUCAGACCAAGGCAAAGUUUCAUAUAACAGUUGGUCAUGAAACAGUUAUGGGAAGGGUGAUGUUUUUCAGCCCAGCUCCUGAUGAGUUUGAUUGUGAGCCUCUGGAGGAAAGCUUCAACUUUGAAAAGGAGUAUCUGUAUCAAGAGCAGUAUUUGUCCAAGGAUUCUACCACUGUGGAAGAUGACAAGAAGAGUGACCAACCUGUAGAGAAGUGGCCAAAACAGCAGUGGGCUCUCCUGGAAUUUGAGAAGCCUGUCACCUGCCCCAAAUUAUGUCUUGUGAUUGGCUCUAAACUUGAUACUGAUAUACAUGCCAAUACUUGCCGGCUGGCUUUCCAUGGGAUGAUGCUUCAAGGGCUGGAAGAUAAGAACUAUACCGAGACUUUCCUGCCCAAGCUGAAGGUGUAUAAACUGAAACACAAGGAAGGACAUGUAGAAAGGGUAAUCGAUGAUUAUGGUGUGAUUGGUCGGUCUUUGUUUAAGAAGGAGACCAAUAUCCAGAUCUUUGUGGGGCUAAAGGUCCACUUGUCAUCAGGGGAACGUGGAGUCAUUGAAAGUGGCUUUGGUCAAAGUGGAAAGUUCAAGAUCCGGAUUCCUGAUGGACUUAACCCUGACACAAAGAAGCUUCUAACCACGACUACCACCAAGAAGAGGGCUAAAGCUGGGAAAGGAGACGUGACCAAGGAGGAUGAAGUGUGUAGCAAAACUGAUCCAGCCCAACAUAUCACCAUCAGCCUCUACUUCAAGAGAUACGUGUUUGAUGCACAGAAGAGAAUGGUUCAGUCGCCUUGAAAUGCAACCCUGUCCAAGGGGCUGGGCCCUUCUGCCAAAGAAUCUCAGGUUAUAGGGAAUUGGGUCUCUUGCUUGCCCUAACUGUGCCACUUGUAGGGACCCUCAUUCCAUGUGAUUUCCUCAACAGUUCUGAGUUGCUUCGCCCUCCAGAUGGGCAAUCCCCCUACUGAGCUGAGCUGCCUAGAAGGCUGUGGGCUAGAGGCUUCUAUACAAAUCAGGCUUCCAGCUAGUUUCUUAACUGACCUUUUGGCUGAGGCUGAGGCUCACAAGGGGUGAAAGGAAGAUAUUUGGCUUUUCUAGAGCAAACAAAUUCAUUUGUAACUGGUUCAUGUAAAUCCAUGUAAACCUUCCUAGAACACCAUUUUCUGAGCUCAGGGGAAUAGCCAACCAGAUCAGAAAGAAAAAAAGGGCACCAGGGAGAAAAAGUCCAAAGUAAAUCAGACUCUUUUGUAAAUUUCUUUCAUUUUUCACAAACUAAAAAUUUUACUAGGGACCUAGAGAAUUCCUUUUUGGAAAAAUAUCUGUCCCUUGUGUCUAGUUAAGCCCUAAGAAAUCUCUCCCAAGAGGCACCAACUUUAAGAGCUGGUGUUGGGCAGCAUGAAUCAGACCCACAUCUUCUGAUGUGACUGCAUUGUUCCUGAGUACUGCAGGCUGGGAAACCACCUUUGGGCCAUUGUUUCUGAAAUCUGCCCUCCCCCAGGUUCAUUUCUGUACCUCAGCCCAUGAACAGCAUGAGGAGGGUGGACUGUGAAGCUGAUCUCUGAAGUCCUUUCUAGCUCUGACUCCCAUGAUUUCUGGUUGGAAAUAAAUCUCGUGUCCAGGCA